CUUCUUUUAGGAUUAUUACAGGUUGAAGAUUUGUGCAAUGUUGAGACAAGUUGGUAGAGUUUCUGUACCUGUGGUGAGGAGACUUACUGCUACAGCCAAGUUAAGUGUGAGUUAUACUGGUGCUGGUAGUGUUAAUGGAAAUAGCGGAAAUAUUAAUGAUGGUAAACUUAAUUAUAAAAGUGUGCGUCAAUAUUCUACUAGAUCUACAGUUGUUCAGUUAUUAAACAAUAUUGGUUCUAAACGUGAAGUUGAACAAUAUUUGAAAUAUUUCACUUCUGUAUCACAACAACAGUUUGCUGUCAUUAAAGUUGGAGGUGCUAUUAUUACUCAACAAUUACCGGAAUUAGCUUCAUGUUUAGCUUUCUUAUAUCAUGUAGGACUUUAUCCAAUUGUGUUACAUGGAACAGGACCUCAAAUCAAUGAAUUAUUAGAAAAUGAAGGUGUUGAACCAGAAUAUAUCGAUGGAAUUAGAAUAACUAAUCCAAAAACUAUGGAAGUAGUCAGAAAAUGUUUCUUAGAACAAAAUUUACGUUUAGUUACUGCUUUAGAAAAAAUGGGAGUUCAUGCUAGACCUAUUACUGCCGGAGUAUUUGGUGCUGAAUAUUUAGAUAAGGAUAAAUAUCAAUUAGUAGGGAGAAUUAAUGGUGUUAAUAAAUCACCUAUAGAAGCUGCUAUUGAAUCAGGUUAUUUACCUAUUUUAACUUCUUUAGCUGAAACUCCUUCUGGACAAUUAUUAAAUGUUAAUGCCGAUGUGGCAGCUGGUGAAUUAGCUCGUGUAUUUGAACCAUUAAAGAUUGUAUACUUGAAUGAAAAGGGUGGAAUUAUUAAUGGAAGUACUGGUGAAAAAGUUAGUGUCAUCAAUUUAGAUGAAGAAUAUGAAGAUUUAUUGAAAGAAAGUUGGGUUAAGUAUGGUACUAAAUUAAAGAUUAAAGAAAUCCAUGAUUUAUUACAACACUUACCUAGAUCAUCUUCAGUAGCUAUUAUUGAUGUUGAUGAUUUACAAAAGGAAUUAUUCACUGACUCUGGAGCUGGAACUUUAAUUAGAAGAGGAUAUAAAUUAAUUAAUCGUAAUUCACUUGAAGAAUUUGGUAAUCCUGAUUUAUUAAGAAGUGCUUUAUUAAGAGAUCCAGAAAUUAAAGCUGGUAAAUCUUCAGUAGCUUCAUAUUUAAAACAUUUAGAAUCUAUUAAAUUCAAAAGUUAUGGUGAUGAACCAUUAGAAGUAUUAGCCAUUGUAUUAGAAGAAGAUAAUAAGAUUCCUAAAUUAGAUAAAUUCUUAUCAUCUAAGACUGGUUGGUUAAAUAAUGUUACUGAUAAUAUUUUCAAUGCCCUUAAGAAGGACUUUUCAUCCUUAUGCUGGAUCGUAAAUGAAAAUGAUUCUAACUUGGCAUGGUACUUUUCCAAAUCCGAUGGUUCAUUUGCUAAGAAUGGAGAAAUCAUUUUUUGGUAUGGAUUAAAGACUGAACAAGUAUCUGAUUUAAUUAAGAGUUUUGAUUCUGGUAAUGUUGGAGCCUCUUUAUCUUCAUCUAGUGAAUCUGGAGUAUUUAGUUCUCCAAUUCAAAAGAGAGGUUUCCAUUCAUCUACUAUGAGAUUUAGUUCCAAUCCAAAUCCUCCUUUAACUCAAGGUACUAAUACUAAAAAAGCUAAGGUAGCUUUAAUUGGAGCUAGAGGUUAUACUGGACAAAAUUUAAUUAGUUUAAUUGAUAAACAUCCUUAUUUAGAAAUCUCCCAUGUAUCAUCUCGUGAAUUAAAUGGUCAAAAAUUACAAGGAUACAAUAAAGAUAAUAUUGUUUAUUCUAAUCUUCAAGUUGAAGAUAUUAAGAAGAUUGAAGAAAAGGGUGAAGUUGAUGUAUGGGUUAUGGCACUUCCUAAUGGUGUUUGUAAACCAUUUGUUGAUGCCAUUGAAUCUGUUCCUAAUUCUGGUUCUAAGAUUGUCGAUUUAUCAGCUGAUUAUAGAUUUGAUACUAUAGGUGAAUGGAUUUACGGAUUACCAGAAUUGAAUGAUCGUCAUACUAUUGCUAAUGCUAAGAAGAUUUCUAAUCCUGGAUGUUAUGCAACUGCUGCUCAAGUUGCUAUAGCUCCAUUAAAGGAAUAUAUUUCAGGUACUCCAAGUAUUUUUGGAGUUUCUGGAUAUUCAGGUGCUGGUACCAAACCAUCACCAAAGAAUGAUAUUAAGUUCUUAAGUAAUAAUUUGGUUCCUUAUUCAUUAACUGAUCAUGUUCAUGAACGAGAAAUUAGUAGUCAAUUAGGAUUAGAUGUGGCAUUUAUGCCUCAUGUAGCGCAAUGGUUUCAAGGUAUAUCUCAUACUAUUUCAAUUCCUAUUAAGCAAGGAUCAUUAACUUCUAGAGAAAUUAGAAAUAUUUAUCAAGAUAGAUAUCAAGGAGAGCAACUUAUUACUGUAAGUGGAGAGGCUCCUGUAGUUAAGGAUAUUAGUGGUAAACAUGGAAUUGUUAUUGGAGCAUUUGCAGUUAAUUCAAAGGAAAAUCGUGUAGUAGUAGUUGCUACUAUAGAUAAUCUUUUGAAAGGUGCUGCCACUCAAUGUUUACAGAACAUUAACUUAAGUAUGGGUUAUGGGGAAUAUGAAGGAAUUCCUAUUGAAGUAGUGAUUCGAGGUUAAGAUCUCUAUUUAUUCUAUUAUAAUAUAAUAUAAACAAUAUGACUAU